CUUCACAACUAUCAUGCUAAAAUCAAAAUCAAGAAGCAAACUAGACAAUAAGGUAUAAUUGUGAGUAUGAGGAAAGAAGACGGAGUGAGGAGUAAACUGGACUGAAAUUGCGGUGAUGGAAAUGGAAGGGAGGCGAGUGAGAAGGUUUGGGAGGGGACGCACUCGAUCUCAGACUCGGUCCCUCCUGCCUUUGCGUACAACCACUGUUGCCACCGCCCACAACCUCUCCAACACCAUUUCCUGUUGGUACUGCGACUAUAAAAUCUCUGUUCUCAAUCAACCCCUUUUCCGUUUUGGACGGAGACAUGUCAGGAGUUUGAGAGUAUGGUUUUCCAUUGGGAUCGGUUUUGGCCUAACUGCACUGAUUGGCGUUACCAUGAUCCUCCUUUGGGAAUUAGGCAAAGCCCUGUUUCUGUUCCCACCAAACACAAAGCUCGGAAAUCUUUCUACCGCCUUACUGUUCGGGUUUUCUCCCUCAGUCUCUGGUUUGAGCAUGUCGCUUGCCGAUGCUGGCUACAUAUUUCUUUCUACCUUGAUUUCUGUAACUGUGCACGAAUUUGGGCAUGCUCUUGCCGCUGCAUGUGAAGGCAUGCAGAUGGAGUACAUUGCUGUUUUUAUUGCAGGUCUAUUUCCUGGUGCUCUGGUGGCUUUUGAUUCUGAGUUGCUGCAAGCAUUGCCACAGUUUACUGCCCUUCGUGUAUAUUGUGCUGGUGUUUGGCACAAUGCAGUGUGUUGUGCAGGUUGUGGAUUGGUGCUAUUCCUCCUUCCCUUGAUCUUGUGUCCCUUCUACAUUCAUAAUGAAUGUCCCUUGGUUUUGGAUUUAUCGUCUACAUCGCCUUUGUCUGAGUAUUUGUCUCCUGGGGAUUCAAUUAUAUCGUUGGAUGGUGUUCGCAUCCAUAAUGCACAAGAGUGGAUGGAGAUGACAGCUUUAAUAGAUGAAGUGUCACUUCACAUUACAAAUCAUUCCAAAUACAAUGGAGACUUUGGGAGAGUUACUGGCAGAAAAGGAUAUUGUGUCCCCAAUUUCAUGACAGAAGAUCCCAAGAAGAUUCUGUCUGUAGACAACCAAUCUGCCUGUCCUAAUGAUCUUACUGCAUUUGCAAAAAUUCCCUGUCUUGAUAUGAGAAUGUCGGAUGGUGGUAGCAGUGAAGAUGGUCAUCCAAAGAGAAGACAGGAUUCCAACUGCAUGAAUGCUAAGGACAUUGUCAAGCUUAAUAAAUGUGGUGAUGGAUGGGCAACAAUAACCAAUGGAAGCAGCUGCACAUGUUCUCUGGAUGAGUCGUGCUUAAGUCCACUUUGGAUGCCAGGUUUGAGCUGGGUUGAGAUCAAAUACUUGAGAUCAUCUUCUCCAGAGUGCAUGCAGCUUGGAAGAAAUUCAUUUUCAAUUUCUCAGAUUUCUGAUCUUGCGGAAGCCAAAUGUCAUGGGACUUUCGUUUUUGUUGGUGAUGUGAUAUCCAUGGCAAGUUCGGUUCAUUUAACUUCUUAUCAACCUCGUUGGACCUUUCGUUUUGGUACUAGCCUUCCAAAUGUACUUGAAAGAGUUCUGAUGUGCACAUUCCAUGUAUCUCUAACACUUGCUCUUCUCAAUAGCUUGCCAGUCUACUUUUUGGAUGGAGAAUCUCUUCUAGAGGUGACCCUAAGCCAUUUCACUUUGCUGAGCCCAUGGAAGAGGGAAAUGGUUCUCCGAGCAUGUCUUUUUGGAGGGACACUCAUUUCCCUCCUUGUCUUUGUGAGGACCUUUUUCAGUUUUUUCUAUGCCUAAGGUUGUUUACAAAUUUAUGGAAGACAAUGUGCUCGAUCUGGAUUGUUAAAAGUGUAGAAAAUACGUAGCCAAGGUCUUCAAUAAUGUUUUGCAGGGCUGUAGCUGUGGUGAUGGGAUAUACUGGCAUUGCGGUAGAAGAGCUUUCUGUGGCUGCAACAGUUGUAGCUUGCCUACAUAUUUUAGAUGACAUUCAAUAAACGAUUUUCCUUCACCGACGUAUUCCAGAAUCAUAUAUUUCAAUAUGAAAAUGACUUCUCAAAUUGUUGCUCAUUCUCAGCUACUCACGUUGUCAUGCUUUGUUUCGGAUAUGAAGAUGAUCUUCUGAGCUUUAAUGAUACGUCCCUGGAAUAAUAUAGCCUUGGUUUUGUUGUUUGCAUUUCCAUUUAGUUUCCUUGUGAUGUGUGUGCAUAAUGUUAAUCAGUCAUCAGAGACUUCCUCAUUCUCAUUUCAAAUUAGACUUUGUUUUGUAGGUACCAUUUUGUUCAUAUUUCAGCUUUCUGUGGGAGUCACUUUGAUUGGGCCGCUGGCAUAAUAGUCUGAGGCUCUGGACUUGCUUAUAUUGAGGAGCCAAUGCAGCAAGUUUGACCCUUUUUAUCUUCAAGAGCACAAGUUAUGGUUAUUUAUUUACUUAUAGUGGGGCGGUGGUGCUUCUGAACCCUCCCGCAUUUCUACAUGAAAAGGUCUUUUUUUUUUUUUUAAUUGCACUAGUAUAUUUAAAAUAAACUAAACGUGACUGGUCCACUCACGGCAGGCCAAAUUUACCAAUUGAUCUUGUAUUUGUCAUAUAAAGUAUGUUAUUCCUCCUCCUCAA